UAAGAGACCUAAACCAAUUAUCUUGGCCCGGAUAAGUAUUUUACAAAAAUCCCUAGAAAGAAAUAUUUCAUCCGUCCAUAGAAUUUGCAGCAGCGGCUCUUUAUUCCUCUUCCUCUAUCAAAGAAAUUUCUCUCUCUCUCCCAAUUUGUGUACACAGCUGAGAACUAAAACCUGAUUUAUAAGAAGAGCCUACCGGAAGACGUUAUCAAGGUGCCACACUUAUUUGGGUAUUUUGGGUUCAGCUCCUCAGGGACUAAAGCAUCACAUGUAAUUGAGUUUACAUGCUCGGCAGACCUCUCCUCAUCAGAGCUCCCCCCAUCAGAACCCCAAGUCUGCCUCUCCUACCCCUCAACAGCAAUCCCCCAACCUUCAUUCUCCUCAACACUCUAUAGCCUCUACUCCUAAGAGAGAACCAGCUGUGAGGAUUCUCUCUUCUUCUGAGGACAAUGGUGGAUUUCUCACAUCCUCCUUGACUGGUGACCUCCAGUCCAACAAGAGGAAGACUCCUACUCCUCCAUCAUCUCCUAUUCCUCAACAGCAUCAAGCAAGUGAGAUGCAUAUGCCAGAGCCUCAAAGAGAAGAAACCUGCAUCCCCUUCAACGAGUUUGUAGAAUCUGCAGAGGAAUUUGGUGAUCAAGUAAUUGCUGGCUUGAACAAGAUGCUAGUGCUCAAUCAGAAGCAUGAUGCCCAUCUAGAUCUUGUUCAGUAUAAUCUUGAGUCAGAUAUUGCCAAACUGUCAUCCAGACUCUCCAUUUUGACAACCUCUCUACAAGCUUUUAUGAAGACCUCCAAUGAGAAAGUGGACAAUAUUUCCACAGAAGUUGCAAGUAUCCACACUGUCCUAUUCUCUCAUUCCCAGACUCUCACAGCUCAAGAUAAAGCAAUCAAAGAGCUAUCUGAUGCUGUUGAUGAUCUCCAAUGGUCCCAUGACAAGAAUGCAGAGCAUCUGACAGAUGUGGAGGAACUCUGCAAGACAAACAAGGAGUUUGCCCUGAAACUGAUCAACAGUGGCAAGGACAGAGAUCAUAAGCUCGUCCUUCUUGAAGCCAACACCAAAAAUAUCCAAUCAGCUGUGGACAAGCAAAAAGAGCUGAUAGAAGGGUUGGCCUCUGUGACUCAGACUCUCCCUGGCGUUCUUGAGACAAUCAAAGAAAAUAAUGCAACAGAAUUCUCAAAGAUCAGACUCCUGCUUGGUGAUCUUGUUGAUGCCAAAAAGGGGGAAGAUACUAGAGAACAGGCCAGAGCUACCGAAGGCCCAAGCUCCAGGUCUCUAUCUGUCACUCCUGUCUCUGAUCCUGCCAUAUACUAUGAGAGAGCCAGGCAGAAGAGGCUUGCUGCAGGGAUUCAGAGACCACCUCCUCCUCGAUCCAAGAAAGGAAAGAAGACGGCCUCCACUUUCACUCUCAAUCAAUGGCUAAACAGUGAUCUGUCUAACCCUGACUCUGCCCAGUUCUCUGAAAUAAAGAAGCACAUGACUCCUCUGCAAAAGGAGAACCUUAUUCAAGAUAAAGAUGGUCUUAUCAUAAUCAAUCAUGGUGGCUCAGUCCAAGAAGCUGAAGAAUGGUGGAGAAUGAGAGUGACCCCUGGCAAGGACAUCUCAGAAGCCAUCAGAAACUACUUGGAUUGCAAGCUUGAAACUCACUGGUCAGAGUAUCAGAAUCCAAGGAACCUGGCUACCAUCAGAGCUAGAGUAAAUGAAGAGCUCAAGAAGGCUGAAGAAGCAGAGAAACGAUUAGAAGAGGAAGGUGGCAAACGUUCUAUUUUUGGAUCAACCAGCGAAUACAGGAUUUUCAUAUGCCACAACUCCAAAUGCCGCCCGUUUUACUGAUUUGGAAGCGUGCGACCAUGUCUAUGACUUUUUGCAAAAGGGAUCGUUGUUCCAAUUAUAAGUGUGCUUAUAUCUGAUGCCAUCACUCAUGUCACUACAACCACCACCCGUGUCACUGUAGUCACCACCCAUGUCACUACAACCACCGCCCGUGUCACUGUAGCCACCGCCCGUGUCACUACAACCACCGCCCGUGUCACUGUAGUCACCGCCUGUGUCACUAUAGUCACCGCCCGUGUCACUGUAGUCACCGCCCGUGUCACUGUCGCCGGACACAACCGCAGUGACGCCGCCGCGUGCUAUUGACACUCUGGCACAACCCUUGCACCUUGUCCUAGCCUAGAGCCGUCCAUCAACCCCUCACAACCAGAUCCACCCCCAACACCGCCCAGAUUCACCCCCCAACACAACCGGCCAAAGUCUGCGACCUGCCAACCUCCGCUGUCAACCACCACACCCCAGCCCCUACCUCACCCACCCCACUCCCCUGUCUCAUCCCAGCCCCUUGCCUCACCCACCUCACUCUGCGUCACCCAACCCACCUGCCUCACCAGAUCUCAGUCCCAGCGGCCAGAUUUCUAACCUUAGCAAUGGAGACCAUCACAGAAGGAUAAAUUGAAGAAGAAGGGAUAAAAUUGCAGAAGAAGAAAUGAAAUCGCAAAGCUUGUGCAGUCGUCAAUGGAUUCCAAGCUUCGCUCGUCGCCCAUUGGAGCCAUAUCCGAAGCGUCGUCCUUCAUCUGGAGUUGAGCGGAUUUGGAGCAGACACGACGGAAGGACAAAGCUUGUGAAGCAGAUCUGGAGUGGGCGGUGUCUGGUGGUGUAGGCGGCGAGAUUCGCUGUCUUCGACGGAGCUGGUGACGGAAGAAGAUAGGCGAUGCAGAUGCGCAGAGCUGGUAGAUCUCGGAGCAGAUGUGAAGAGCUUGUUGAUCUCGGAUGAAGAUGCAGAUGGAUGCGGCCUGCGGGCGAACUGUCUAAUUCACGGGAGACGGAGGGAGGGGUCACUUUUUGGGGAAAAACAAAAGUGGUUAUAUUUUUUGAAAUAGAAACCUAGGGAGUAAUAAUAGGGCCAUUGUUUCUAUUUUAUACAGCCACAUUUUGAUGUAAAAUGAAUUUGAAUAUCUUUAUAGCUUUAGUACAAGCAUACCUGAAAAAUAAAAAACAGUCACUACAACAUUUCAACACUAUCAUCCAAAAGUGUUACAAUAUCAGUGAAAAGUGUUACAUUAGAGAAAAUGUAACACUUUUUUAUCAUUACUUUUGCUCAUGUUGCAUUUGCCCUAUUGUAACACUUUUAAUCCCUAAUGUAACGUUUAUACAUGUAAAAAGUGUUACACUAGAUCUAAAAAGUGUUGCAUUAAAGAAAUAUAUAACACUUUUAUAAGUAUGUUACAUCUUUAAUGUUACGUUAGGUUUUAAUACUACGUAUGUAGUAGUGAGUAUGGAUUGCAAUGACUUUGUUGUGUCACCGAAUUUUUAAGCAUAUACUCCGAUAUUAGUUUUUGUUUUAAAAUACAAUUAUUGUCAUGACAAUUAUGGAUCACUCAAAGUUAUUAAAUCACAUUUUGUUCACUUCCCUUAUAUAUUUGGUCAUACAUCAAUACUAUGUAUUAUUUAUGUACUUUCACAAAGAAUAAAAUUAGUAAAUGUAACUAAGCUAACAUUAAUGUACAAAAGUUUGGAAAGAAUAGAAAUAUCAAAUUAACAUACUUAAGGAUUCUAAUGAUGCCAUUGAAUGACUAUAUAAUUAUUACUACAUACCCCGUACUUAAACAAUGAAUGGUUUUUUUUUAAUGAAAUGACAUGUUUCAAUUUAUAACCAUGUACGUAGGAAAUGAAGUUGCCAACAAGUCGGAGGUGAUCAAUCUUAAGGGGUACAUACUAGGAAACCCCGUAACAUUUCCUGCCCAGAAAAAUUAUUCAAUUCCAUUUGCUCAUGGAAUGGGUCUCGUCUCCGGUGAACUUUACAAGAAUUUGAAGAGAUGGAUGGCAUGAAAAAUGAUUUGUGUUCUCAAGAACUCAAGGUGUUCAAGCAGAUGAUAAGUGGAAUCAAUCCGGAACACGUUCUUGAACCCGUAUGCGAAUCACAGUUCAUAUUGCUAAUGCUAACUUCCGGCGGUGUCAAAUUUUCCAAUAAAAGAACCACGAGAUCACUGCGUGAGAAAAAACUAAAUAUGCAAUGGUGUCGUGGAUCCAUCGAACAAUGGGUGAGAUGUAGAUCGAUUAUUUUUCCGAGCGCCUAUACGGUCACAACAGGAGAUAGCAGACAAUAUCAUGCAAAUCUUAGUCGUAGAGGUUAUGCUUCAUUAAUAUUCAGGUACAUGUGUUUUUUAAUUAAUACUCCAUAUUUAUCAAUGGCAACUAAUUAGAGUUAUAUAUGAUCAAUAUGUAACUUUUAUGUUGGAAAUGUAAAACUAUCUGGGCUAAUUAAACAACUAUGGAAGUUUGGAGUAAUACUUAUUGAAUGAUAAUAACAAUUAUGAAAUUGAAUAGUGGUGAUCACGACAUGAAAGUGCCAUUCCAAUCAACUGAAGCAUGGAUUAAAGAAUUAAAUUACACUAUCACAAAGGAUUGGAGACCAUGGAUUGUAAAUGAUCAAAUUGCCGGGUAAUUUAUAAAUAUCAUCAUUUGACGAUGAAAUUAUUAUUAGUUUUAAAGCUCUUUGGGAUUAGGUCAUGAAUAUUAGUAAUUAAAAGGGUUUGGACAAAUAUAAGUCUUUUUGUUAUUUUUACCAAAAAAAGAGACCGGCGUGCGUAUCAUUUAGAAACUUAAAUUUAAUAUGUCAAAUGUGCCCUGCGGCCCCUGCCUAAUCAACAGGCAGUGAACUAAAUACGGAAUAUGAUUCGUGUGUUCCUCCGAGGCAAUGAUAAAAAAUACUCAAAUACGAAGUAUUCAUUUUGUUUUGAUAUUAUUCCUCAAAAAAUUAUUACUCCGUAUAUGAUUUAGAAUUAUUUGAUCCGAUAAAUUACACUUACAUGUCCAAUCAGUUACAAUUAUUCGUCUGAUUAAUCACAGUUACAUGGUUUGACCAGUUACAGUUAUUCGAUCCGAAUAGUUACAGUAUCCGAUCCGACCAGUUACAGUUACACGAUCUGACCAGUUACAGUUACCCAAUCCGACCAGUUACAAUUAUCCGAUACAACCAGUUAUAGUAACCCGAUCCAACCAGUUACAGUUAUUCGAUCAGACCAGUUACAAUUACCUGAUUCAACCAGUUACAGUUAGGGCGGUGCACGGGUCGGGUUCGGGCGGGUCGGGUUUGCGAACCCUAAACCCGUUCGGGUUUUUUAAUUUAAAUACUAGGCCCGACCCUUUGAUAUUUCGGAUCGGGUAUUUCGGAUAUUUUUAAGUCGGAUAUUAUCGGAUAUCGGGUCGGGUUUCGGAUAUUUCGGUUAUAUUAAAAAAAUAUAUAAUUGAAUAAUUAAAGUGUUUAAAUUCCACUUUGACAAAAAUUGUACACACUAGUGCACUAAACAUCCAAAUUACACAAAUAAUUUAACACAAAUUGCACAAAUAAUUACACAAAUAAUUGAACACAAGUAUUCAUUUAACAUAUUCAAAGUACACACUACAUAAUUUAAUAUACUUCGGAUAUUUCGGUUAUAUUAAAACACAUUAUAAUUGGAUAAUUAAAGUGUUGGAAUGCAACUUUGACAAAAAUUAUACACACUAGUGCACUACACAUUCAAUUUACACAAAUAAUUUAAUACAAAUUGCACAAUAUAAUUAGAUUAAUUACACAAAUAAUUGGAUGCAAGUAUUAAUUUACCAUAUUCAAAGUACACACUAACAUAUAUUUCGGAUAUUCGGGCGGGUCGGGUUGGGAUUUUACAAACCCUACCCGCCACCCGAUCUAGGCCCAAUAUUAAUCGGAUUUUCGGUUUCGGGUUUUUCGGGUCGGAUAUCCACUUCGGUUCGGAUAAUAUCCGAAAAAAAUAUCGGGUUUUUCGGGUCGGAUCGGGUUUUGCUCAGCCCUAGUUACAGUUACCCGAUCCGACCAAUUACAGUUACCUGAUUCAACUAGUUACAGUUACUCGAUCCGAUCAAUUGCAGUUACCCGAUCUAACCAAUAACAAUUACCCGAUCCAACAAUCACUUACAUUUACCCGUCUGACAAGUUGUACUAACCUGCUGCCGGUUACAAUUACCCGACUGACGGUAAUGGCCGCCAUUUACACAUAACCACCCGACUAGUUACCUCUCCGGCCCGAUCAUACCCGAUUUGACAGUGACCAUCCAUAACUACCAUCAACGACCAUUACCGUCAGUCGGCGGCCACCAUCACUAGACACCACUACCAUCCAAUACCUCCAUCCGCCAUCCACCACCCCCGGUUACCCGCUGGUGACCUCCAGUGACCAACCACCCCGCCCCUGCCCCUCGGCGGCAGCAAACCUCCCCCAGCCCAGCCCCUCCACAGCCCAGCUCAAUCCCCAGUCUCGAUCCAGUCCCUCCCAAGCCACAACCCUGUCACAAGCACCUAUAUAACCACUGCCCCAUCCCCGCCCCUCCAACCCCCUCCCCAAGCAGUCGCCGCCUCAUUCCCAGAUCUAGAGCACCUACCCACUGCAACUUGUUUCUGCCGCCAUGGACCGCCUUGAAAUCCCAGUGGUUUUCGCCGCCAAUUAUCUGUAGCUAUAGUGAUGGUUCGAAGAUGAUUGCCGCCGUUAUGGAUCGUGUCACCUGUCGUCAUCGCAAUGGAGGUCGUUUGACACCGCAACAGGAGAAGUCUUGAUGGUGGUCGAAAGGGCUAGGAUAAAGAUCUGCCACCAUGAAUAUAUAUGCUUGUGCGAGCAAGUAAAGUGUGCAUUGGAGGACUGAGCGGGAGAUCCGUGAAUUGCGAGGAGAGAGGACGCGGAAGACUUAUUUUAUCUAUUUAUAUUAAGGGCAUAUCAGUCCAUUAAUUAAUAGUCAGCCUCUUUUUGGUCAAAUUGGAAUCUGAUCCCAUAUUUGUCUUUUCAAAACCCGUGUGUUUCAUCCGUGUCAUUAUUUCAAUAGGUUUUAAUGAAAAGGAUGAUACAAACUUAACUACCCAUUAAACUAGAAAAAAAAUGACAUGUAUAUUGCUACUAGAAUUUUUCCGUACAAAAAUAUGACUAGUUAUGCUUUUGGACAAAAAUGUGACUAUUCGUUGUGUACGAGUAAUUUAACAAUGGUCACUAUAAUAUAUUUAAGAUUGAUAAGUCACUAGUAAAUGUUGAAUAACUGAGAAAUAGUCACUCAGUGUGUCAUUUUUUGGAAAAUUUUAAAAUAAGUCAUAUUUUUUGUCUUUUGAAUUUAAUUUAGUAAUAUUGAUGUUAAAAGGCCAUUAAACUAUGCGGCAACUACUAAUUCCAUUUACUUUUUGUUUGAUAUUUAUAUUUUGUGGUAAUUGGUUAAGAGCUUUUUUUAAUAUCAGUGAAUAAGAUAUAUCGAAAGAUAGAUGGAAUCGGACAAUUAUGCCAUCUAUAGCUUUGCCUUAGAGAAGGAAGAAAUAGAAAUACGCAAUAUACUAUCGUAUAAGUUCUUGACCAAAAAAAUAUCCCCCAUUUUCCCAUAAUUCUUGCCCCCUUUUUGCUUGAAAAUACAAUAACAAAAGAUGGAAAGUCAGUUGAUCGAAAAUAUUCAUAGGGCUUGUUUGGAAAAUGGUUGAUCAACCAAUAUUUAACUUCUUUGAUUGAAAAUAGCUGAUUGAAUUGGUCAAACAACUAAAAAUAUUUUUUGAUAAAAUGAUUGUUUGAUUUAGCUGAUUGAUACCAAAAAGGUAAAAGGGAAAACGUUGGGGAUUGCCACCUUUGGCUCCUCUCUACAACGGCUUGUCCAUUCAUGUCCAUGAAAUAUUCGUAGACUUUUCCAAUGAAACUUGAAAGGGCCACAGUUUACAUGUGUGUAUGAAUCAUACAAGGCUUCCUUCAUUGCAUUGUCAUUAUAUUUGUUGGGCCCAAGAAUUUUAAUUAGAAAUUGGGCCACCGGUAGAUAAAUGAGUGAAACCAGUCGAGAAGGUAGCAAUAAGCGUAUUGCGUAAAGAUAAAGGAAUAAUACAAGAGCAAGUCAAAGGAGGUGGUUGGCUGGUUGCACGUGGAGGACAAAUAGGGGAUCAUUGCUAAACUUGGGGAAGGAGUAAAAUGCAUGUGAUAAAUAGGUUAUUCCAGCAUUCUUAGAUACACACGAUAAACUACGAUCAUACAUAUACACAUAGUCCAUUAUUCUGUAAUCCAAGCAUAUUGCUCAAGCUAUUCAUUAUUGUAAUUACCAAUAAUCAAUUUAUUUUCUUACAUCAAUUCGUCUAUCUUCGAUUCUG